AUGUCCGACCAGGUGCAAGAGCUCCUCAACGUCCCUCGGGAGUUCCUUAGGGAUGGCGUGCAGUUUGUCCACCGCAGCCAGAAGCCCGACAAGCGCGAGUUCAUCAAGAUCAGCCAGGCUGUCGGUACUGGUUUCCUGAUCAUGGGAUUCAUCGGUUACAUUGUCAAGCUGAUCCACAUCCCCGUUAACAACGUCCUCGUCGGUGGCGCGUAA